AAACAAAUAUUAUAAAGGGGCCCGUUCGAAUCCAAAAAGGCAGAGUAAGGUCUUGUUGGUUCAUUGAACAUAGUAUAAUCGUAUAGAAAUCAGUCGUCAGUAACAAAAUGGGAUUGAUACAAAAGAUAUUUGCUAGUCAUUAUACUGAAUAUAGUCGUCGUUGAUAGUCCAAGCAGCGACCGCCGUGAAAGGGUGGUUGACCAGAAUAAGUACUAAAAUAUAUUUUAUUAAAUUUUGAAUAUUAGAUGUAUAAUAAACCAUUGGUCUGGCGGUCUUUGACGUGUCCAAAUUUUGUUAUUUUAAUAAAAUUUCUUAUUUAUUUUUUCGUAAAAUCGAUCUACAUAACUUCAGUAUAAUUUUUCAGUUUACGAUGGCGUUUUGACUAGAUAAAUACAGAAAUUCAAGUCUGACGUUCUUGUUCUUGACGCAACUGUGUGUCAGACAGUCCCCAACAAACUUAUAACAACAACAAAUUUUCUAUACAAGACAAAAUAUUGAUCAUGUCCUUGCCAUACGAAUUUUCUGCCAAAGAAAUAAUAUCGCAGGGAAAAACAACAAAAGAAAACAUUGAAGUUAUAAAAACGUGGUUGCUAGAAAGUGGAAGUGAUUUUGUUCCUACAAUUUUAUGCGAUGAAUUCAUUGUGUUGUUCCUUUUGUCUUGUGAGAAUAAUGUUGAAAAUACGAAAAUUACUAUAACUGGACAUUAUGAAAUCAAGGCUGGAGCCCCUGAACUUUUUAAUAACAGAAAUGUUAGCGGUGCUGACAUACAAACAGUUUUAGAUACUUGGAUAAUUACAAUUUUUCCUGUCAGAGGCAAAAAUAAUAAUGCUAUCCAUUAUUUUCAAUUGGAAGACGCCGAUGUUGGGAAGAUGGAUAAUAUAGCUUUUUUAAAAACGAUCCUCAUGCUUAUAGAUAUCACACAAGAAAAAGAUCCACCUAAUGGAUUCGUAAAUAUAGUUGAUUUAAAGGCAUCACGUUUGAGACAUGUGACAAAGUUUAAGUUGGAUGCUACAAAAAAAUACCUCACUUACAUUCAAGAAGGAUUGCCAAUUAAAUUGAAUGCAAUACACGUAAUAAAUACUAAAGGUUUUGUCAUUAAAUUAUUCAACGUUCUCAAGGCUUGCAUUAGAAGUGAACUGUUUGACAAGAUACAUUUUUAUCCACAAAAUAUUCCACAGGAAAUUUUGGAAACGAUGGCUCCUAAAGAAGGUUUGCCUCAGGAUUUUGGUGGAGAUUUACCCUCUUUGAAGGAACUUCAUCAACUUACUAAAAAGCAGUUUUAUCAAAGACAAGAGUAUUGGAUAGCAGAAGAGAGAAUUCGUAAAAAUUGUUCACAUUUUCAUUCUAAGUAAUAUAAGAUAUAAAUUUUA